CUGCUCAAUGCUUGCGCAGUCGCGUGCCGUUUCACCCUCAGUCGGUAGACAGAGACAAUGGCUCCCCUGCGUUUCAGACCAUCACGGAUGAUCAAAUAUACCGUUUAUGCACUAUUACUAGGUCUGGUAGUCUCAGUAUGCGCGGAGACUGUCCAAGGCAAGGACACCAGCCUGCUGACGAGGGAGGAGAUCGAGGAGAGCCUCCAGCAAUGUGCCUUCGUGCAGACUCUGUCAGAGGCAAAGGCCAAAAAUAAUCCAACGGAAGCCUCAUUGACGACCCAACUUUUCGCCGUCCUCUUCCCCUCGUCGUCCCCAGCAAUCAAUGCCCUCCUCGCAACAGCCUACAUUUCGGGCCCUCCAAAUUUCCUCCUCGCACUAUGUCCUCCCAACAUCGACCCGUCGUCGCUAAGUAUCAUGGUCGCGUUCGCGGUCGGGGGUCUUCUGGGAGAUACGCUCUUUCACUUGCUUCCCGAGAUUUUCCUGGGUGAAGAUGAGCACGAUCAAAUCAAGUUCGUCAUGGUUGAGCCAAACCGCAACCUGUUGCUAGGAGUCGGGAUCAUUGUCGGGCUGGUCACUUUCAUGGCCAUGGAUAAAGCCCUGCGCAUUGCCACCGGGGGGGAUGGCGGCCAUUCCCACUCGCACUCGCAUUCUCAUGACGAGAAGCUCGAGACUGCAUACAAUGGCUCGGCCACGACCACGUCUGCAAAGAAAGGAAAGGCAGCCAAUGGCGACGUGAGACAACGCAAGGGCGGGAAAGACACCAAAUCCCUACCCUCGUCCUCGCCUCCAUCAUCCUCGCCUCAAAAUCCCUCCGUCAAACUCGCCGGCCUCCUCAACCUGAUCGCCGACUUCACACACAACAUCACCGACGGCCUGGCGCUCUCGUCGUCGUUCUACGCCAGCCCGGCCCUCGGCGCAACGACCACCAUGGCGGUUUUCUUCCACGAGAUCCCGCACGAGGUGGGCGACUUCGCGCUGCUGAUCCAGUCCGGCUUCUCGAAGCGGAAAGCCAUGGGCGCCCAGUUCGUCACGGCGGUGGGCGCCUUCCUGGGCACGCUGAUCGGCAUCUUCGUGCAAGAGUACGGCGGCGGGUCGAAGGGUGCGGCCGCGGAAGCAUCCGGAGGAGCUGGGGCAGGGAGUGGAUUCGGCGGCAUCUGGGGCACCAGCCUCUCGUGGGGAGACAUGCUUCUGCCCUUCACGGCGGGCACGUUCCUGUACGUGGGCACCGUGGCGGUGAUUCCCGAGCUGUUAGAGACCGGCCCGAACAAAUGGGCCGAGUUGAGAAAGACGGGCCUCCAGUUCGCGGCCAUGUUCGUCGGGGCGGCGAUCAUGUUGGCAAUAUCGUGGUCGUAGACGGUCAAAAACAUCCAAGACGAUAGAUUAGAAAUUCGGGUUUUCACUGGGUUGGAUCGACUUCUUCUGGAUCCCUGUAUACCUAGGUAGCCAUUCUGGCAUGGUCUUAGAGACGUUGACGCCUCCAGCGGGUCGUCCUUGUCGAAGAGUACAAAAGGGAGGGAAGAUAAGAUUGAUGAUCCGCAAAAAUGGGAAUUUUCUCCCUCUACCUCCC